CGUAGGUAGUUCCUGAGAAAGGCACCAAUCCAAACCAACGAACUCAAAGCUCCACGGCACGCUGCAGAUACGCAAGCACAUCCAGAAUCCACUCUACCGCUCCUCCUUUCAUUAAUUACCGUAGCGCAGCCAAGCGGCGCAAGAACUGGGAGGGGUCCACACCCAACCACCUCAAUUGCCAACCACCCUAAUUUUCAUAAGUGCUCUACGGAGCUGCCACAUCAAUCGCGUUUUCUUUUUCCCAAACCACUUACUCCUUACUACUUACAUUUCAGAGUAAUUCUCGGAUUCUAGUGCGCGCGAAAUUUUGUUCCGUGUCGAAACUCGACGUUUCAAGAGUUACCGUUCGAGACUCUAUACAUUCGUUUACUCGUACCCAGCGAAAAAACCCUGCUCCACACCGCUGCAGCUGCAGCUGGGAGUCAGAACGGUGCAGAUUCUAAAGACGCCUCUGAAAGAUUCUCGAAUCCCCUCUAUUAAUUAUCCUACGAAGAUAAAAAAUCGACACCAUGCGCCUUUCACUAUCGUCCCCGAGCUUGGUCUCACUUAUUCUCGUCGCAUUAUCAAAGAUCGAAACCACCCAGGCAUUUCCCUUGGGACAACUCGAUUUUGCGGCUCUCCUCGGCAGAACAGACUGCAUAUCUUAUUGCGGAGCCGAUAACCAAUUCUGCUGCACUUCAGGCCAAACUUGCGCAACUCUUGCUGGAAAUAUAGCAACUUGUCAGGCUGGAGCUGGGAGUCCGCAGACUGGAGCAGGAGGAUAUGCUGUUUACACAACCACCUAUACGGAAACCGACCUGAUCUUGCGAACGAGCACAAUCAGUUCCUUCUACCAAGCUCCAACUGGGCCUUCGGCACCAGGUCCUACAGGUGUAGCGAUAUGCACAACUAGCUUGGGAGAGACAUCUUGCGGUCCCAUAUGCUGUGCCAGUAAUCAACAAUGUGCUUCUGCUGGCUCUUGCGUAGCUCGUACUACGAGUUGGACAUAUGUUCCAACCAGUUCCUACUCGGCUCCAGUACGACCAACAAGCGGAGGAGCGGUGACAGGAACAACUACACAACCAUUCAUACCACCUGCGACUGCUAGUGGAAGCACCAUCCCCAUUGCUGGUUCCAGCAACAACGGCUUGAGUCCUGGGGCAAUUGCAGGAAUUGUUAUUGGUGUAAUCGCUGGUGUUGGGCUUCUCCUGCUCCUCUGCUUCUGCUGCAUCGUCAAAGCUGGAUUUGAUGGCGUUUUGGCAAUCUUUGGCCUCGGAAAAGGAAGGAAGCGUAAGUCAACAGAGACCGUAGUGGUUGAAGAGCGCUACUCUCGACAUGGCAGUGCAGCAGGCUCUCGAAGACAACAACAUACAGGUUGGUUCGGCGGCGCAAGUCGACCAGCAAGAGUUACCGAAGAGCGAAAGAAGAAAUCCAGUGGACUAGGAGGUAUUGGCGCAGUCGGCGCAGGUCUCUUGGGUCUAGCUGCUGUCUUGGGGUUGAAGAAGAAAGAGGAUCACAGGGAGAAGCCACCUGCAGCCGGAAGAUCGGAUAUCAGUAGUUCGUAUUACUCAUAUGACUCCUAUACAGGCAGUAGUCCAAGUGAGUUUAUCUCCAUUCCGUGACUGCUUCGAGGACCAAUUACUAACAACUAUCCUAGGCAGUGCUAGCUCAGACGACCGAAGAAGUCGGGGAACCAGAGGUACACGUCCAUCUCGACGAUGAUCUAGUUCCCUGAUCUUGGUCUCUAUUGUGUGUGCUGCGUUCUCUUGUAUAUUGCGUUGGUGGAGAUUUACCGAACAAGUUUGAUAAAGAAGAUUCUUUUUUUUGACGAGCAUGGAAAGAGCGAUUUGCUUUUCUUGGCGUUUUUUAUGGCUAAAUGAAAACAUGGGUGGAUAAUGUCUUUUUCUUUUUCUUUCCUUGGAUACGAAGGACGACUGAUAGAUUGAUGAGGAUAUGUCAACGACGAGCCACAAGAACUUUAAGAGGGAUGGAUUUGUACUUAUAUU